AUGACAAUUCGAGCACGUAUACCCCUAGGGGCGAUCACUAACGUCGCCCCUAGAGACCCGGCCGGCAAGAAGACCUAUGUGUACAACUACAAGGACUGGGUGUGGGACGUCAAGGAUACUGUUCAACUCGCUCCAUUCUUCGGAACUAGCAGAUACGUCGUUAACUUGUUGAAUGCCUUGUACACGCUGUUCGACGCCAUCAUUUCCAACUAUGACGUCUACAAGGUUGAAACCAUUGGUGAUGCCUACAUGCUGGUCUCCGGCCUACCGCUCUGUAAUGGCAACCGUCAUGCCGGUAUGAUCGCCUCGGCUGCAUGGCAUCUGCUGGAGGGCUUUAGUAGUUUCAUCGUGCCGCACAAACAAGAGGAGAAACUCAAACUCCGAAUCGGUAUUCACUCAGGAUCUUGUGUGGCGGGUGUAGUUGGCCUGACCAUGCCUCGGUAUUGCCUCUUUGGUGACACGGUCAACACAGCGUCUCGUAUGGAGUCUAAUGGACUCGUGCUCAAGAUUCAUGUGAGUCCUGAAUGCAGACAGGUACUGGAAGAACUUGGAGGAUACAAUCUAGUAGAGAGAGGACUGGUUGCCAUGAAGGUAUGGCAUUUAUUUUGAUUGCGUAGAUCCUUU